CGCGUGCCUGUGAGGUUGAAAAAGAGAGAACAAGUGGUAGAGUGAGGCAGGCUUCACAGUGCAGGGGGAGGUGGAUCCCUAUCCCUACUGUAUGUAGUGUAGCAGCUUAAGCUAAAGCUAACUAGCCAUGUUGCGGUCGCUGCUGCUCCUCCCGCUGCUGGUGGUGUGUGUCUGCUAGCGGGCCGCCCUGGACUCCCUAUCCGCCCUGAGGUGCAUCAUGCCCGGCUGGAAGAAAAACAUCCCGGCCUGUCUCCAACCGGACCAGGAGGGAGAUGAGGGGCCGUACACUAAACACUCUGCUGGGGCGAGACCUCCAGAUGGGGCGCUGGCCAUCAGGAGGCAGAGUAUACCAGACGAGUUUCGGGGCUGCUCGGUGGUGGAGCUGAUGAAGAAGGAGGGCACGACGCUCGGGCUGACGGUCUCAGGCGGCAUCGACAAAGAUGGGAAGCCCCGGGUUUCAAACCUGCGACAGGGAGGCAUCGCUGCCAGGAGCGACCAGCUGAACGUGGGCGACUACAUCCGAGCCGUUAACGGCAUCAACCUGUCCAAGUUCAGACACGACGAGAUCAUCAGCCUGCUGAAGAACGUCGGGGAGCGAGUCGUACUGGAGGUUGAGUACGAACUACCGCCUGUCUCGGUGCAGGGGUCAGGGGUCAUGUUCAAGAACGUAGAAGUCACGCUUCACAAAGAUGGAAACAGCUUCGGCUUCGUCAUCAGAGAAGGAACUGUCAAGCCCGGAGACCGACUGCUAAGCAUCGAUGGGAUUCGUCUCCAUGGCAGCACGCUCUCGGAGGCCAUGAGCAUCCUGAAGCAGUGCGGGCAGGAAGCCACGCUGCUGCUGGAGUACGACGUCUCAGUGAUGGAUUCUGUUGCCACGGCGUCGGGGCCGCUGCUGGUGGAGGUUGCCAAGGCGACAGGCUCCAGUCUGGGCGUGGCUCUGUCCACCUCCAUGUUCUGCAGCAAGCAGGUCAUCGUCAUCGAUAAGGUCAAACCAGCCAGCAUAGCGGACAGGUGCGGUGCUCUUCACGCAGGAGAUCACAUUCUGUCCGUUGAUGGGAAGUCGAUGGAGUUUUGUUCUCUGGCUGAGGCCACUCAGCUGCUCUCUGUCUCCUGUCAGACCGUCCGCAUGGAGAUCCUGCCACAACACCAGGCCCGACCGGCCCUGAACGCACCACAGCACGUGUCUCUUGCAUCCAGCACCGUGGGUCUCGCCGGCCAGGUCGUUCACACGGAAACCACGGAGGUGACGUUGCUAGGCGAUGGCAUUAUGGGGUUCGGCCUGCAGCUGCAGGGCGGAGUCUUCGCCACGGAAACGCUCUCCUCGCCGCCACUCAUCGCUUACAUCGACCCUGACAGCCCGGCAGAAAGGUGUGGUAUCCUCCAGAUUGGUGACAGGAUUUUGUCCAUAAACGGAGUUCCUACUGAAGACUCGACUCUGGAAGAAACCAAUCAGCUGCUCAGAGACUCGUCCAUCACCGCUCAGCUCAUACUGGAGAUCGAGUUCGACGUGGCCGAGUCGGUCAUUCCCAGUUCGGGAACGUUCCACGUGAAGCUCCCAAAGAAGCCAGGAGUGGAGCUGGGAAUCACCAUCAGCUCUCCGUCCAACAGGAAACCAGGUGAUCCUCUGAUCAUCUCUGACAUCAAGAAGGGCAGCGUCGCACACAGGACGGGAACGUUGGAGCUCGGAGACAAGCUGCUGGCCAUCGAUAACAUCCGGGUGGAGAACUGCUCCAUGGAGGAAGCUGUUCAGAUCCUCCAGCAGUGCGAGGAGCUCGUCAAACUGAAGAUCCGAAAAGACGAAGACAACUCGGAUGAACAAGAAGUGUCUGGCAGCAUCAUCUACACGGUGGAGCUGCAGAGGUACGGAGGCCCGCUGGGAAUCACCAUCUCCGGCACCGAGGAGCCCUUUGACCCCAUCAUCAUCUCCUCGCUGAGCAAGGGAGGGCUGGCCGAGAGGACCGGUGCGAUCCAUGUAGGCGAUCGUAUUCUGGCGAUCAACAGCAGCAGUCUGAAAGGGAAACCUCUGAGCGAAGCCAUCAGCCUGCUGCAGCAAGCAGGAGAGACGGUCACACUGAAGAUCAAGAAGCAGGGAGAGUUGUCGAGCCCAAAGUCGUGUGUGAUUGGUCCGGGCCUGGGGCUGGGGGCGGGGCUUGUCCACGAGCACCAGGACGGGGUGGACGAGCCUGUUGUCAUGGUCGCGCCUCUGUCAAACCAGCGAGCGUUCAGCACGCUGCCGUCUGUCGACAGCGCUGUGGAGUCCUGGGACGGAUCCAACGUGGACAGCAGCUUUACCUCCCCGGCUCCACCCUUUCAGUCGUCUCCGUACAGUUUCCACGAGUGGCGCAACGCCAAGACACCCAACAGCCAAUCAUCAUCCUCCACUCGCCAGAGAGCCAAUCCGCUGUCAGAUCUCGGCCUGAGCGACGACGACUGGGACCGCCCGCCACUCGGAGGCGCCUGUAGUCUGCCCAGCGGUCUAAUCAAUGACAGCAGGUUCACUGUGGGGCAUGAUGGGACAGAACCGGACCAGGAGGAGAACUUCUGGUCUCAGGCUCUGGAGGACCUGGAGACCUGCGGCCAGAGCGGCAUCCUCAGAGAGCUGGAGGCAACCAUCAUGUCAGGCUCCAGCCUCAGUCUGAACCAUGACCCCGCCCCGCUGCGCAGCACACUGGGACGCCAGGCGAGCUUCCAGGAGCGCAGCAACUCCAAACAACAGGUGAACGCCCGGUCCAACACCUUGCCCUCUGACCCUCAGCGCCGAGCCUUCGCCAUGAGGAAGAUGAGACAGGAAGUCAACGAGAUCCUGAACCAGAACCCUGUGGAACUCCACAAGCUGAAUCUAGAGAAGGCCUCAGACCUGGAGGAUUUCGGUUUCAGUGUUUCUGACGGUAUGUUGGACCGCGGCGUCUACGUUAACAACAUUCGACCGGGAGGCCCGGCAGAGCUGGGCGGCCUCCGAGCCUAUGACCGUAUACUACAGAUUAACCACGUGCGGACCAGGGACUUUGACUGCUGCCUCGUCGUUCCACUGAUCGCCGAGUCUCCAAACCAUCUGGAGCUUGUCAUCAGCCGAAACCCCGCCUCCUUCUCCGUGCUGGCCAAUCACAAUGAUGGCAACACCAACAGCAGCCACUCCACUCAGCCAAUGGGCAGCGAGCUGGGACCAUCGGAGCUCCCAAUUGGCCAGGGAGAGGAUGGUGGUCCGAUUAAGUGGAGCCAACCGGGAGACAAGCUGGGGGCGGGGCUUGGGUUGGGUCAGGUGAAUAAUAGUUCCUUAUAGCAGACAAAAACUGGAUUUAACCGCUUCUAACCAGAUUGGACUGGAGGGUUCAACAAGGACAACAAAGUUGAAUUAAACUGGUUUAGACCCGUCCAAACUGGUUCAGAGUGGACCCCCCCCCCUAUGGUGCUACACACACCCUAUGGAUGAACUUUGACCUUUGACCACUAAAGUUUGAACUUUGAACUGCUAAAGCAGCCUGAAAGCACACUGAUGGACCGGAGCAACUCCUCACCUUUUCACUUGAACCAGUUCUGCAUACUGGUCCUUCUGGUGUCACUGGAACCAGAAGUAUAACCACUGGUCCUACUGGAACCGUAGCCAGAGCUACUGGUCUAAGGGGUUCGAGAUUAAUGGGUUUGGUUCUACUCGCCCAGAGCCAUGGGUACUGAUUCUACUGAAGCCACAGCCAGAGGUUUUACUGGUUUAAGAUGACUAGUUAGUGGUUCUACACACCUAGAACUAGGGCUAACUGGUCCUACUGAAGCCAGAGAACCACAACCAGAGGUUUUACUGGUUUAAGAUGACUAGUUAGUGGUUCUACACGCCUAGAACUCUGGCUAACUGGUCCUACUGAAGCCAGAGAACCACAACCAGAGGUUUCACUGGUUUAAGAUGACUAGUUAGUGGUUCUACACGCCUAGAACUAGGGCUAACUUGUCCUACUGAAGCCAGAGAACCACAACCAGAGGUUUUACUGGUUUAAGAUGACUAGUUAGUGGUUCUACACGCCUAGAACUCUGGCUAACUGGUCCUACUGAAGCCAGAGAACCACAACCAGAGGUUUUACUGGUUUAAGAUGACUAGUUAGUGGUUCUACACGCCUAGAACUAGGGCUAACUGGUCCUACUGAAGCCAGAGAACCACAACCAGAGGUUUCACUGGUUUAAGAUGACUAGUUAGUGGUUCUACACGCCUAGAACUCUGGCUAACUGGUCCUACUGAAGCCAGAGAACCACAACCAAUGGUCUUAACCCUCCUGUUGUCUUUGACCCAUUUUCAAAGUUUCUACAUCACAAAUUUGUGUUUCUUUCAACCAAAUUGCCAAAGAAAAUAACGUGGAUUGUUCCGUACAAUGCUCUUCAUAAGUAAGUACACUCUUCAUUGAAUUUGGGUGUUUUAUUAAAUUUCAUAGCAUUUGAAAAAACAACAAAAAAAAAAAAAGACAAAA